AUGCAGGUUCCCACGUACGCCAAGUAUCUCAAGGAUAUUCUGGGCAACAAGAAGGUUCUGCCGACCACCGAGGUCGUGCAGCUUACGAAUGAGUGUAGCACAGCUAUACUCAUUCCUCUCCUAGAGAAGAAGAAGAAGCCAGGAUGCCCCACCAUCACAUGUUCAAUCGGAGCUCAACACUUUAAGCACGCUCUUUGUGAUCUGCGAGCAAGCAUCAGCGUCAUGUCAAAGCUAGCAGACCAAUCAGUUCGUCAUCUCGCAGGGAUCGCCAAGGAUAUUCCGCUUGCAGACUCUACAAUCCGGUAUCCCGAAGGGAUAGCCAAGAAUGUCCUGGUCCGCGUGCGAGACUCCUUCGUCCUUGCAGACUUUGUGGUAAUGGACAUAGAGGGUGACCUCGGAAUCGACCUCAUUCUUGGGCAACCAUUCCUGAGGGCUGCCAGAGCAAGGAUCGACAUAGGAAGAGGAGAAAUCUGCUUCCGCAUUGGGAAGGAGGACAUGUUCUUCAAAUUCAAACAAAGAGAAGAGCAUCGCAUCCUGAACCGACAGGAUGACGAAGGGUAG